AUGGUCACCGUGUGCGCAAGUUGCAAGGGGUUACAAAAGCAGCUUCAUAGCUUGAACAGCGCUCAAGAGACGGGAAAAGAUAUUCUGCAAUGGAUGAACACAUCAUUGCGAGAGUUGCGCACAAGCUCAGCUAGUUGUCGCGCUUGCGCGCUGAUCCUCAAUGGCAUUCUGUCGCAUCACGACCGCUUCCACGACCAGUAUGAAGAAGACGUGUUCAUAAAAGUGGAGUCAUAUAGAUCGAAGCCUGAUCAGGAUGCUCAAGAUCACUUGUCAGUCGAAGUGUGGUGGAAGGGGCGACAUGGUCAGAGCGCGCGAGAGGAUGAAGAAGAAGCAGACGAUGAUGAACAAUAUGGUGGAUAUCCAGACCUCAAACUUGAGUUCUUCACUGAUGGAGACGGACAGUCUUCAUUCUCCGCUAUUGGUCGAGGCCUUCCGAUAUCAGAGAACCCACUACAAGAUUUUGGGCUCUGUUCGGCACAAAGCAUGAUUAGCAACUGCCUGUCGAGCCAUUCAAUAUGCAAGUCCAGACAUAGUGGACCUACCACUUUGCCAAGACGAAUCCUAGAUCUAUUCGCAGAAGAUUCAAUGAGUGUACGGCUUCACGAAUCAGAGUAUCUAGAAGCUGAGCGUAGGCACGAGUAUGGGGAGUACGUCGCAUUGUGCCACGUCUGGGGUUUGGCUGACAACCUCCCGAAACUUACCACAACAACACUGCAAGAAUACAAGAAAACGAUAGCAUGGUCGACAUUCCCUAUAGCACUGCAAGAAGCUAUCUUACUUACCCGAGCGAUGAAGAUUCGCUGGCUGUGGAUUGACUCAUUAUGUUUGAUGCAAGAUGAGACUCAAGAGAAACUAGAAGAAUCGUUACAGAUGGACGACAUCUUUGGCAACGCCUUUCUAACGAUUGCUGCAACUUCAGCUAUUGAAAGUAGCACGCAUCCAUUAUUUUCAGUUAAGAAGCAACCGUUCAAGAUACAAACACAGGACAAUCAAGGCUUACCGAUCAAGAUUUAUGUUAGGGAACAACCGAGUCACUACAGCUUCAAAGCACUAUCUGAUGAGGGAGCGGACAUGAACGAUUUGGAAGUACCAUUCAACAUGUCAAAGGAAUCAAACCUAGACACACCACUUCUCACACGAGCUUGGCCUUACACUGAACGCUUACUCUCUUGUCGUGUACUGCACUUUACCAAGUCGGAAAUGGUAUUUGAGUGUUGGGAAGGACACCAAUGCGAAUGUGGUCGCAUUGACAAUACAAUAUAUGAUUCACGCGCUACUGAUAGGAUCAAACAAGAGUUUGGAAGAUUGCUUGCAAAGACAAGUAGUCUCCUUGCCAUCAAGAGGCCUGGGAAUGGGUCUGCCAAAGUUGACAACAUAACAUCGCAGUUGGCUUCAACAGACCUUACAGGUUGCCCGCAAAUCCUAUCGAAACUACGCGAAGAAGCCCUCUUAAAGUGGUCGUACAUCGUCACCGAAUACACAGCGCGUAAGAUCACAUACGACAACGACCGGCUUAUCGCGAUAGCAAGCGUCGCAAGAGCAUUAUCCCCUGCCAUACAAUCUGGAUACAUUGCCGGUCAAUGGACCUGUAGCACACUAUCUCUGCUAUGGUAUCCAGAUGAUAGCACACAGUGCCACCGCACAAAGGUUCCGAAUGGGCAGGUGCCAAGCUGGUCAUGGGCAUCGAUCGAAGGAUCGUCGAUCUUCACCGAAACUACAUCAGCGAUGGAUCUCGCAUGCAGAGUUUCAUUUGGUCCUAAAGGAAAGCGUGCAUGCGCAUGGUCACCAAUCAUGGGGGAACCCAUGCAUUUGAGUGCGGCGAUGGCGGCUGAAGUCACUUUUGGCAUCACAUCGACAUCGCCAUGGGCAUACCACCUCUCGAAGAAUAAUGUCAGUGUGGAUUUCACCCCAGACGUUGUACCGCUUCAGGGAGAAGAUGCCAUUCAGGAUUGCGAGACACUCGUUUGUGUUCUUGUCAGCAUGACUUUCCGCAGCACCAUUGUUGGCCUCGUCCUGCGGGCUUCAGGCUCCAAUAUAUAUCGCCGCGUCGGCCUCUUCGAGUGCUUCAAGUGCACGCCUGAAGGGGGAAUGAGCGAGGACGCGGAGAAUCUUUUUGAGUAUUGGUUCCCGGAGAUGCAAGACAUGACACAACUGGACACUUUCCCAAAGCGAACAUUUACCGUUGUGUAG